AUGAACUACUGCGGACAUCAGAAAGAGCUCUUCCUAAUCCUUGCCUCAGCACAUGAUGAUCCUAACAUCUAUUUGCUGGCAGAGACCUUGCUUACUUCAGCACAAGGGAGCGAGUAUUUUAUCCUACUCUCGAGAACGACAGGAACGGAGACUCUGCGAAUCGCCAUGGCGGACGAUGAGAUCGAGGCGGCAGAAGCGGCGGCGGCGGAGCUCAAGCGUGGAUUCGAGACGCUGGAGGUGACUCAGCCGGACCCCUCGGUCCCCGUGUACUUUCUCUACCUGAACCGCCCGGCCCACCGCAACGCCUUGACUCCCGCUUCCUUCGCCGAGCUUCCCCGCGCCCUCGCCCUCCUCGACCGUCUCCCCUCCGCCCGAGCGAUCGUGCUCACCGGCCGCGGCCCGCACUUCUGCGCAGGAAUUGAUCUCUCCUCCCUCGCCUCCCUGGCGUCCGUCCCCUCCGACGACCGCGCCGUAGCCAGCGAGCUCCUCCGCCGUCGGAUCCUCGCCCUCCAGUCCGCGAUCUCCGCCGUCGAACGGUGCCGGAAGCCGGUGGUCGCUGCGAUCCACGGCGCCUGCAUCGGCGGAGGGGUGGAUCUGGUCGCCGCCUGCGACAUCCGGUGCUGCGACGAGGGGGCCUACUUCGCGGUCAAAGAAAUAGAUCUCGCCCUGGCCGCCGAUCUGGGCUCGCUGCAGCGCCUUCCGGCGAUCGUCGGGUACGGGAACGCCACAGACAUGGCGCUUACUGGGCGGAGGGUGGCAGCGGAGGAGGCAAAGGCGAUGGGGCUCGUCACCCGCGUCUUCCCCUCCAGCGCCGCCCUGGCGGCGGGCGUCACCGACCUAGCAAGGGGAUUGGCUGAGAAAUCGACGGUUGCGAUGACGGGAACGAAGGCAGUGAUGCUGAGGAGCCGAGAUCUGACGGUUGAACAGGGCCUAGAGCACGUGGCGACGUGGAACGCUGCGAUGCUGAUGUCGCGUGACCUGGAGGAGGCCGUCCGGGCCCAGAUAGAGAAGCGCAAGCCCAAGUUCUCCAGGCUGUGAGACGAUGACUAGGGGGGCUCGUAGUUAGGUAGUUACGGUUGAAGCUUAUCAGCUCAAGUAAAUAAUAAGCCAAUGAAUUGGCUGCUGAAUGUGAUUUGUAAUGAGAAAGUCAAAACAUAAUAAAAGCUUUAAGAUAUUCAGCAA